GUCUGUCUUAUUAUUAAAGCCUCAAGUGUAAACAACUAUACACCAAAGACUACAGAGAGGAUGUAGACUGACAUGUCUCCAACUCUAAACAAGCUGGAACUGGGACACUGAUUUAAAGACUGGAUGUAAAAAGCUGCCUGCAAGAUGGAUAGAAGCGUGUUUGUCUGUUUGCUCCCCACCCCUCUAAUAGUGUUCCUGCUACUCCCCAUAACCUGAAGUGAAGUAACACAUCUGUUAGAACAUAAAAUGUGUCUAUUGCUGUUAUGUGGUGAUGUUCUUAUGAUAAAGAUAUGGACAUGAUUUAUUAUCUCUCUAAAGAACUUGGAACGUGAGUUCAGGAUGAUUUUAAUACGCUUUCCCUGUCCUGUGUGUGUGUGUGUGUGUGUGUGUAUGUGUGCCUAGGCCUGUCCCUGGCUCCCUGUCAUCACUACUGCACCUACGGAACAGACAGAGACAGCCACUGCCUGCCUCCAUGGCUGGAACCCUGCCAGACCCCACCAUGCAAGGCUCCUCUGUACUGAUGCCUAUGGAGAGGCAGAUGUCUAUGUGUUCCAGUAUGAUGGGGAUGCAGGGCCCCAACCAUCCCAGCUCCUGUUCCUCCCCUCACGGACCCUCCAUGCACUCUGAGGCCAAACUGAGGCUGAAGGCGGCGCUAGCACACCACCCGGGAGCCAUCGCCAACGGCAACAUGAACAGCAUGGGUCACAUGAUGGAAAUGAUGUCAUCGCGGCAGCAGCAGGAGCAGGGGGGUGGCCACCACCAUCUUCACCCCUCCCACCCUCACCAGCACCUGCCUGCUCCGCCCCACAGCCACGCCUACCAGCACCACCCCCACCAUCACCACAGCGGCCACAGCCAGGGCGGGCACCACCACCCACAGGGCCACAACCCCCAUCACAACUCCCACCCCCCUCACCUCCACCCUGGACACCCACACCAGACCUCACCCCCGCCUCACCUCCACCCUGGACACCCACACCAGACCUCACCCCCGCCUCACCUCCACCCUGGACACCCACACCAGACGUCACCCCACCCUGCACUUCACUCUGGACCAGGGUCACAUUCACAGUUGUCGCCGGCGGCCCAGCAGAUGCAGCCGAGCCAGACGAUGCAGUCUCCGACCCCUAGCGGUGGGCGCCGCAGGCGGACGGUAGACGAGGACCCUGACGAACGGCGGCGGAAGUUUCUGGAGAGAAACCGAGCGGCGGCCACGCGAUGCAGACAGAAGAGGAAAGUAUGGGUGGUGUCACUGGAGAAGAAGGCUGAAGAGCUGACCCAGACCAACAUGCAGCUUCUGAAUGAGGUGACCAUGCUGAAGAACGAGGUGACCCAACUCAAGCAGCUCCUCCUCACCCAUAAAGACUGCCCCAUCACCACUCUGCAGAAAGACUCCCAAGGUUACCUCAGUCCAGACAGCAGUCCAGCAGGCAGCCCGGCCCCAGCCUGCUCCCAGCAGCAGGUCAUCCAGCACAACAACAUCACCACCUCCAGCACAGCUGUAGGGGGCAGCACUGUGCACGGCCUGCCCAACCACCGCACAGACAUCAACCCCAUCCACUAGAGACAAGACAGAGAGAGACUACAAGUACCCCCCCCCCCCAGUCUGUACCCCCCAGCCCCCAAACUGUACCCCCGGCCCCCAACCCCUACCCCCA